CCGCCGUCGCCGAGCUUCGCCGAGUCUCCAGCCGCCGUCGCCGAGCUUCCAGCUGCUGCUUCGCCUUCGCCGGAAACGAGCGCCGCCGUCGCCCUUUGCACAGCGGCCAUCCGCCGCCGUCGAUUGCAGCACCGCCAGUCGCUGCUCAUCGCCGUCGAACUGCCGCUCCGCCACGGUCGCCGGUGUCCGUCACCGUCGCCGCAUCCGGCCGCUGCCCCGAGUUGAUAUCGCCGGCAGAUUAACCUCCACGCCGGAUUGAUUGGUCGAUUUCGUAUUUUGACUCGAUUUGACCCGUUCGGUUGAUUUCAUUGAUUUGUCUUCCGUUCGAGCUAUCGAUUAGAUUUCGGCGUAAUCCAGGUCCGUACUAUGAAGUUAAUAGCAUUCAGAAUAGAUUUAAUGGUUUGGAUCGUUAUAUGUGUUUAUGCUAUAAUUUGGCUAAAUUGGUUAAUUGAUUUAAAUUGAUUGUUUGAAUUGAAUUGUUGAGGAUUGUGAAUUGACUGAACAGGUUUGACUUUGACUUGGGUUAGGUCAUGUUUGACCUAGGCUUUGACUGGAUAUUCUGUUGUCGUAGGUUUGACCGGAUGGUUAAAUCCAAGACUUUAAUGAAUUAGUUAAGUUAAU